UACAGGUGCACGUGAAUCGCGCGGGAAAGACGCGGGAAAAGCGUCGAGGAGCGAGUAUAUACGAGUGUAUAUACAGCUCUAGUUUCAGGGUCUGAGCUUAUCCACGCCGAUAGACAAGACCAGGUCUUCAUACGUAUAUCAAGGCUAUGGAGUUGUCCCCUCGACACAGCGAUGACUGGGAGGACGAGGAAGAAGGAGAACCACUGUUUGCAGACGAUGUCGUCAACAGUGAUGAAGAGGAUCCUCCCCCUCUCCCUCCUCCCAUGCCAUCACUCUCACAACUUCCACAGCAUCACCCCCACACACCAGCGGGAGUACGAGGGGCCAGGGGGGGAGGUGGGGGAGUGGGGGACUGGAGCGACGUGCAGGGAACUCCUGCAACUGGUGGUGCUGAUCAAGGCAGUGGAGAUCAGGCAAUCCAGAAAAAGAGAGCACCCAUCCUUACACUCACCAUUGACAGGAUAUUCUCAGAGAAAGGCCUCUCGCGUAUCGAGAAAGAAUUUCCAAAGCUGAAGUUCAAGGGAAAAGGGCAUGAGGUGGGAGACCUGAGCUACCUGAUGCAGCAGUAUGAACACUGGGCCAAUGCCCUCUAUCCCAAGCUCACGUUCAAAGAUGUCACUGACAGGAUUGAGAAACUCGCCACGAAGAAGGAAUUCAAAUCCCAGCUUAUCCAGAUGCGUCGCAGGUGGGCGAGGGGACCAACCCCUCCAAUUCCAGACGAUGAUGACAGCGACGACAUUGCCAACAAUGAUCGCCAUGGCAACAACUCUUCUACCAACCAUCACCCUGGCAACAGUCCCACCAAUGAAGGGAGUGGUGAAUUACAGCUGAACUCAGAGAGAGACGUGUCGAAAAAUAGAUCAUCAACAACCUCAGACCAUGAAAGUAAGGAUGAGCCACAGAAUGAUGAUCCGCCCAGUAAUGGAAGGAACUUACCCACAAACAGAGAAGAAGAAGAAAUUGACGAAUAUGAUGAACUUCUAAUGAGAGAGAGCGAGAUACUGCGGGAGGGAGAGGAACGACGGACGAGAAAACGAGAGAGGGGCAGUGACAGCUCCGACCAAGAUGAGGAGAAGGUGACACAGCAGGGCCCUGGAACCGAGGGAAGUAGAGAGCCGAUGAAGAGAGAGGGGGACAAAAGAUUGAGGCUGUCGUGUGAGCCUCCAGAUUUGUUGGAUGACAUGCUAGCUGAAGAAGAAGAGUUUAUGGAUGAGUCUUCAUUAAUUGGACAAGUUCCUCCUCCUGGGUUUGAUGCAUGAGAACUUCAUAUUGAUACACUGAUGUAACUGCUUUUUGUGUUUUGCAUCUUUCUCGUGCGUAUAAUAAUAUUA